AUGGAGGACAUCGUGGUGGUCACCGUUGGCUCGACCCGCUUCGACCAGCUCAUCAACACCCUCCUCGCGCCCAGCCACGCGGAGCUGGCGGGCCUGCUCGGGCGCACGCCGACGCUCACCAGGGUGCUCGUCCAGAUCGGCAGCCAGCAGGAACUCACCCUCGAGGGCCAGGCCAUCCCCAUCGCCAGCCAUCUCAGCCUGCCGCCCAGCCAGCACAUCCAGCUGACCAUCUUCCGAUACUCCGACGCCAUCGACAGCCUGCUCUCACGCGCCAGGCUCAUCAUCACCCAUGCCGGCGCAGGAUCGAUCCUCUCAGCCAUCAGACCCAUCACACCUGCGCCGGAACUGCAGGCCAAGCUCCAAGUCACCCCAGACCUCUCUCUGGACAUCAGCCCCACCAGCAUCAAGAACGACAAACCAAUCGUCAUCAUCGUACCCAACCCAGGCCUAAUGGACAACCAUCAGCUCGACCUGGCCCACCAGAUCUCCAGCUUAGGACUAGCCUACACAUGCUCAACCGACCAACUCUUGGCGACCAUCAAGGAAGCACUCAACCCACAUCAUCAAUCCAGCAGCAACUCCUCAGAACUAGAUCUCGACCCUGUUCCUGGGCCAACCAAAUUCAAAAACCUGCUGGACCAGCAGAUGGGAUUCAACAAUGAAUGA